AUGGUUCAAGCCUGCGAAGCCUGCGAAGCUUGCGAGGGAGUAGACUGGGCCCACUUCUUGCAGGUUGCUUUCCAGGUUCUGGACAGCAAUGGGAAGAACACAGAGCCCAUAGGGCCUAGCGGGCCUAGCGGGCCUGGCUCUACAAUACGUUUAGCUUCCAAAAUCAUGAUCGUCGCAGCACCAGUGCUGAUUCUGGCUGCUUUCGUGCUGGCUUCCUUCCACACCUCCAAGCGGCUCGAGCACGAAGAAAAGCCAGAACGCGGGAUGAGUUUUGGCAUGCUCAUUCUGCUUGCCUCCACGCUAUGCCUGGAUUUUUUCUGCACAGAUCAAUAUCAGCCAAGCAUGCCGGACAUGGCCAAAGAGUUUGGUGUGUCAGAUGUGGCUAUGGGUGCGACGAUCCAAAUUCACCUGUUCACCUCAGCCGUUUGCAUGUUGUUUCUCGGGCCUUUGUCGGAUUUCAUCGGCCGCCGCAUCAUUAUUCUGUGCUGCCAGGUGCUGCUUGUUGCAAGCACUUUUUGCUGCGCAUGUGCUGACACAUUCGUCUGGUUUGUGAUUGGACGAGUCUUCCAAGGUGUAGCCGCAGCUGUGGCACCUGUGGUCCUGGCCGCCAUUCCAGACUGCGUGACAUCUAUGGAAGAUCGCUUGUGGCACCAGGCUGUUUUGACCCGAGUUAUGAUGCUGGGCCCAAUUCUAGCCCCUUCAGGAGGUGGCUUUUUGGCCAACAUCGCAGGCUGGCGAUGUCCUUUCUUUUUGCUGAGUGGGCUAUCUGCUGUUGUCCUGGUUUGCAGCUUUUGGACACUUGAAGAGACUGCGCCAUCCCAGCAUCUUGCACAGAGCCUUGACUCAGAUGUAAGUUGGAUAAGGAACUAUUUGACAUGUGCCAGUCGCAUUUUGCUACAAAAAAGCCGGUUGAUGCUUUUGGUGGCGUGCAUUGCUGGAAAGAGCUUUUGGGAUUUGCUGGCCGCAAGCAAUGGCUUCACUUUGCGGCAGCACUUUCAUCUGUCGAUUUGGCACGCUUCUAUUUGCAUCACUCUCAUGGCCAUCGCAGGUUUCGCUGGCUCCUUGGUGCCAAGUUGGCUGCCUUGCGGUCCCAUGCGCGCGAUCCGCGGCUCUUUGCUGCCAUUGUUUCUUGUCACGGCUGCUAUGGUUUGCCUAGCGUGGGGCGACGAGACAAACAGCAGCACUGGCCUCACUGGUCUCACUUCCUUCCUGGUCAGCAUUUGUUUUGUGCAGCUCAUACUUUAUACGCCUUUUAUCUCAUCCGUUUGUCAAUUUACUUGCGGAGUCGAGGACAUUGCCGGGGUGGCUUCGUCUUUGCUGAGUUCCAUUGUCUACUUGGGUAGCUCUUUGGUGUCACUGGAACUCAUGGUCCUGGUGCACCAUUCGGAUAAUUCUGCUUCUGAUUCUUUUGCAGAUGUAGCAGAUUCCAACAUCUCUUCACUGAUGCUCGCGCUGGCUGCCACCCUGCUAGUUGUUACCUUAAGCCUGGCACCCCUCAGCUGCACGGACGCAGAAAUUAAUUCCGACAGCAACCUGUGA